AUGGUGUCCCCUAAGAAGCCCGAUUUCGUCUACUUGAUGGAAACUAAAGUAAAUCGGAGUCAUGCAGAAAGGUUACGUGUCAAGAUUGGUUUUGAGGGUCUGUUUUACGUAGAUAACGAUAGGAGAGGGGGUGGCUUGGCAUUAUUAUGGAAAAAGAAUAAUACUGCUAGGUUGUUGGGCUAUUCAAAAAACCAUGUGGAUGUGGAGGUAGCUAUAUGGGGGAAAAUAUGGCGUAUGACGUGUUUCUAUGGGUUCCCGCAGAGGCAUAGACGCAAGGAGGCAUGGCAGUUAUUGAGUGGUUUAAAGGAAAAAUCUACAUUACCCUGGGUGGUUGUGGGAAAUUUUAAUGACCUGUUAUAUCAGCAUGAGAAAAGAGGGGGGAACCCGCAUCCGGUAGGUCUCCUUAGGGGCUUUGGAGAUACUGUACACAAUUGUGGUCUCGUUCAAUUGCCAAUGAGAGGUCACCAGUUUACAUGGGAGAAGGGGAAAGGAACUGAGAGGUGGUUGGAGGAGAGGUUGGAUAAGGUUUUGGUGACAGCUCAAUGGACUGAUUUGCAUGGUGAGGCAUGGGUUGAAAAUAUUCUUACGCGGAAAUCUGAUCACUCGGCUCUCUUCCUAAACACUGAUAUUGCACUGGUGCGCAGACAGGGGGGCCGAGACGGUUUCGUUUUGAGAUGGCUUGGGUUCAUGAUGAAGGUUGCCGGAGUGUGGUGGAGACUUCCUGGCAGGAUGUUGAGAAAGGAGCAGGAUGCGCUGCAUCAUAGGCGAGAUUCGGCUGCAUUGGCCGAGUUUCGCAAUCUUGAGGAAAGGCUGGGCCAAUUGGAGGUAUUGAAAAAUGAUGUGGGUGCCUGGGUAGAUGGGGAAAAUAUGAAGAAAGUUGUCUUGGAUUAUUAUGCUGCUAUUUUUACAUCAUCAAAUACUGAGUGUGAGGAUCCCAUGUUUGAUGAUUUUACUCCCCGUGUAACUAAUGAACAAAAUACUAUGUUACUUCGCCCGUUUGAGAUUGAGGAGGCCAGGCGUGCUUUAUUUGCAAUGUUCCCUGACAAAGCGCCAGGACCGGAUGGUUCACUCCCUGAGGGAUUAAAUGACACUAAUGUGAUUUUAAUUCCGAAGAAGAAUGUGCCUAAGACAGUAUCUGACAUGAGACCGAUAGCGCUAAGUAACGUGUUGUACAGAAUUAUGGCAAAGGUAAUAGCCAAUAGGAUGAAACCACUUAUGGGGGACCUCAUCUCAGAGGCUCAGAGUGUUUUUAUUCCUGGGAGGCUUAUUACUGAUAAUAUUCUUAUAGCUGCGGAAGUGGGGCACUAUUUGAAUAGGAAGCAGUGUGGUCAGAAGGGGUGGGCAGCUUUGAAACUAGAUAUGGCAAAGGCAUAUGAUAGGAUGGAAUGA